AGCCGCCACAGCGAGCAGCUGCUUCAGGCAGGAGCUGCCAGCAGCAGCAGCGGUAGCAGCAACGACAACGACAACUACAACGAGAACAUCAACGACGCUAGCCACAGCCGCAGCCACAGCCACAGCCACAGCCGAGUUGGCUCGGCCACGCCCAUGACMCAGCUGAACGGUCCGGUGAUGCGCAUCAAGCGGGAGCUGAACGAGAUCAUGCAGAAUCCGCCGCCCAAUUGCAGCGCCGAGAUGUACAAGGAGGAUCUGUUCCACUGGAAGGCGAUCAUCAUGGGGCCCAGCGGCACGGCGUACGAGGGCGGCAUCUUCAAGCUAGACAUACGCUUUCCGGGCGCGUAUCCCUUCCGUCCGCCGCAGAUCCGUUUCAUAACGCGCAUCUAUCACUGCAACGUGGACAGUCGCGGCGUCAUCUGUCUGGAUGUGCUCAACGAGCGCUGGUCGCCGGUGAUGAAUAUUGCCAAGGUGCUGCUGUCCAUUUGGGUGCUGAUUGGCGAGUGCAAUCCGAAUGAUCCGCUAGUCAUGGGCAUUGCCGACCAAUACAAAUGCAAUCGCAGGGAGCACGAUAAGGUGGCGCGCUACUGGACGAAGCGCUUCGCCAUGCCCAAGCCCAAGGCCAGCUCCAAGGCCGAGCAGGAGCUAAUGCAGUCGAACGCACAGGAGCCGGACAAGUCGGAUCAAGUGUCGGAUCAGGUGUCGAGUCAGGCGUCUGCUCAGCUGUCGAAUGAGGCGUCGGCUCAGGUGUCGACUCAGGAGUUGGAGCAAGCGUUGGAGCCACUCUCGCUGCAGUCCGUGCCGGAGCAGCACGAAGAGGCAUCUGAGCUGAACCAGAACCAGGCCCAGACCCAGAACCAGGCACAGGACCAGCAGGAGCCGGAGACAACGGUGAGCAGCGGAACAGGCAGUGAUGCCGCUACUGUUAACCCGAACCGUAGCGAACUUUAGACAGAUUUCCCCAUAAUAAACAGAC